AUGACGUGUUAUGAUCCAGAAGGACAAAUCGUUGAGUGGGGUAACGGAGACCUUAACAGGAUUUUUAAAUUAUCAAAAAAGUACGAUAACUUGCAAAGUGACAAAGAUCAAGCUCUCGGAACUUGGUCAAUGAAUGCCAUCAUCAAUUGGCUCGCUGGUUAUGCAAGAGUUGAGGUCAUACUGUUACCAAAAAUUCAAAUCUCCAAACAUGGUCUUGAAGAACAAGAGAAAGAUCAGGUCAAAGAUAGCACGGAUGGUGCUCACAUGGUCACAUUUCAGAGUAAUAGUUUAAAAGUAAUGGAGGGACAAUAUCAAUUUAUCAACGGAUUAGAAGAACUUCUUAACCAAUUAGUGCUCGGUGACACAGAUACCGCGAGAAUAAGAACAGCAACAUCUACUUUGAAUAAUAAUUUUUAUAGUAUUCAAGAAUGUGUUCCUGCUCUUGUGCAUAUAUUAUCAAGUUCAGAAAAGUGGCAGGUACGACAACUUGCAGCAGUUGAAUUAAAAAAGCGAUCAUCGAAAUGGUGGUCAAAACUUGAUGCCAACCAAAAUUUAUAUGUAAAAAACCAAUUACUUCAAGUUAUAUUGCAAGAACCAGAAAAUCUUGUUCGUCAUGCUACAGCACGGGUUAUUUCAGCUAUUGGUAAAAUUGAAUUGCCAUCUGGUAGUUGGAAUGAAUUAUUUCAAUUUUUAUAUCAAUGUUGUCAAAGUCCACUUGCUAUCCAACGAGAGAUUGGAAUAUUUAUAGUUUUCUCAUUAUUGGAAGUAACCGAAGUAUUUGUGGAUAAUCUUCGACAACUUUUACAAAUGUUUGCAGUUGCUUUAAAUGAUCCAGAAAGUAAAAAUGUUCGCGUCACCACGUUACAGGCUUUGGGAAAAGUAGCAGAAUUUAUUGAACAAAUGUUUCGAGAUAUGAUUCCAAGCAUGAUUAAUGUUCUUCAACAAUGUUUAAAUGAUGGUGAUAAUGAUUCCGUCAUUAAAGGUUUUGAAUUGAUUGAUUCAUUGUUACUUGUGGAUACACCACUUAUUUCUCAUCAUUUUCCACAACUAAUUGAAUUUGUUUUGGCUGUUGCAAGUCAACCUAAUUAUGAUGAAUCUAUUCGUGUGAUGGCUUUACAAUUUUUAAUUUUGGCAAAAGUUCAAAGAUUAAAACUUAUUGGUCCUAUUAUUCAACAUUUAAUGCCCAUUGGUACAGAAAAUGAUCCUGAAGACAUGGAUGAAGAAUCUCCUUCACGGAUGGCAUUUAGAGUAAUAAAUACUUUAUCCACAAAAUUACCACCUCAACAAAUCUUUCCUAUUGUUAUGGAUUAUGUUACUGCGUAUACUCAAAACCCAGAUCCAAGAUAUAGAAAAGCCGGAAUGAUGGCAUUUGCUGUCCUUAUUGAAGGAUGUGCCGAUUACAUGACUCCAAAAUUUGAUGAAUUAUUUCUUCUUGUUUGCAAUGGAUUACGUGAUCCUGAAGUUAUUGUGCGUAGGGGAUCAUGUAUAGCAUUAGGAUAUGAACUUGAUCAUAAAGUAGCAUCUAAACAUGCAAUUUUAUUACCAUUAAUAUUCGAAUUAAUGAAUGAAACAAAUAAUGAAAUUCUAAAACAAGCUUGUAAUGCACUUGACUCUAUAUUGGAAGGAUUAAAUGAUGAAAUUCUUCAAUAUCUUCCAACAUUAAUGGAAAAAUUAAUUAUUUUAUUGGAUAAUGGAGUUAAUGAAUUAAAAGCAACUGUCGCCGCUGCUAUUGGAAGUGCUGCUCAUGCAUCUGGAGAGGGAUUCAAAUCUUAUUUUCCUCAAGUAAUAAGUAGAUUAAAAAUCUUAAUGACAUUAAGUCAAACAAAUGAAAAUUUGCUUUUACGUGGUAUAGCUAUUGAUACUGUUGGUGCUAUUGCUGAAUCUGUUGCAUUAGAAAGUUGUCUUAUGGAUUCUGCUCGACUUCGUGAAUGUAGUUAUUGCUUAUUUGCAGUUUUCUCUCGAAUAUUUAAAGAAGAAUUUUCUCCGUAUUUAAGCACGAUUGUACCUCAAUUAAUAAAAAGUUGUCAAAUGGAAGAGAACGAUUUAUUUAAAAAUUUAUCAUCAGAUAUAGAUAUCGAAGAAGAUGAUGAUGAAAAUGGGACAAUUACUAUUAAUUCCGCUAUCGUUGAUGAAAAAGAAGUAGCUUCUGAUGCAAUAGGAGAAAUAUUUGAAAAUACUCGCUCCCAUUUUCUUCCUUAUGUGGAUUCUUCUCUUCAAGAAUUAAUAAAAUUAUCCAAUUAUCAUUCCGAAUCUGUAAGAAAAACUGCAGUUGGCUCUUUAAUUCGAUUUUUAAUUACUUUUUAUAGCAUGUCCAACCCUGUUCAAUGGGAACCUGGCUUAAAUUUGAAAGUUCCGUUACAUGAAAAUGUGGCAAAUAUGGUAAAAGUAGUUAUGCCUACAAUUUUAACUAUUUGGGGGGAUGAAGAAUGCAAAAAAGCUCUUUGUCAAGAAGAUAAUGGAGAUGAUGAAGGGUUAUUGGAUGAUGAAGAGGAAGCUGAAUGUGAUGCCCUCCUAAUAAAUAGUACAUCAGAUCUGGUAGCUGCCAUGGCUUCCGUAAUGGGAGUAGAUUUUGUUCCUUUCUUUAAAGAAUAUUUACCAUAUAUAACUAAAUAUUAUAAAAAAUCUAAACCAAUAGCUGAUAGAUCAAUGGCUAUAGGAUGUUUAGGUGAAUCUACUGCUGGAUUGAAAUCCGGCAUAUCUGAAUUUACAGAACAACUUUUACCUUUAUAUCUUAAAGCAUUAAAUGAUGAAGAGGAAGAAGUUAGAAGUAAUGCUGCUUAUGCAAUUGGACUUCUUUGCCAAUAUACAAAUGUUGAUAUUAGCAGUCAAUCAGCACUCAAUGUAACAGAUAAUGCAUGUGGUGCAGCAUUAAAUCAUAUUCCUGAAUUAUUGAAUAUAUUUGCUCAAGUUCUUUCGUCAGAUGAUCAACUCAAAGAACCAACAAAAUUAGAAUUAAUUGAACUUAUUAAAGCCCUUAAUCAACAAUUUCCUGAUUUGGUAGCAAAUUCCCCUUUAGCUUUAAUAAUGCAUUUAGAACAAAUAGUUAAACUUAAGCAGGAGAAAGAUAAUUGUGAUGAAUUUGGAGAACUUCAGCCAUAUGUCGAGGAUACAACUAAUCGUUUAUUUAAAUAUAGCAUCCUUUCAACAUUGCAUCUCCUGUGUACUUACACGUUUAUUGGUGGAAAAAUUCAAUCAAUUUCCUUGAAAGAUACUAAGGAAAUAGUAAGACUUGGUUUAACUUCUGAUGGAUGUGAAAUUCUUUCUAAAGAAUUCAUAAAUUAUGUCAAAGUUCUGAAUGAACUUGAAAAAAUGUAUAGUUUUACAACUUUCACCUCGUUUGAAUGUAAUCAAUACUGCACUGCUUUGAAAUCCAAAAAUUUAAAUUCACCAAUGGUGGCCCUGUGCUGUGAUAUUAUUCAACAGAAUUACUUUUCAGAAUUAGAAAUGGCAAAUAUGAUUGAAUUCUUUCUUUCAGCUUCUACUGCACUACUUAACACGAAAAUAGAACUUUUACAACUUAUUUCAGAAAUAGCCCUUCUAAAAGUGUUUGUUGCUAAAAUUAAAGUUAGAACAAUAACUGCACCACCACCAGUUGCAAGCCCAAUCACUAAAGAUUUAGAUGAUGAUUUUUGGAUUGGAUAA